AUGGGUAUCCUUUCAGACCGGCUGCCCUUGCGGCCAUCCCAUGCCCCAAAAGUCCCAACACCUGAAUCGAUCCUCCAGCAGCCCUCGCUGGAAGACAGGGAGAAAGAGCUCACCAUCGGAAUCAAAGAUGUGAUCUUCUCUGACUUCGACCCAGGUGUCUUCAACAGCGAGCUCAUCAAGCUGAAGCUCUACGCCAAGCCUGACCCUCAACAUCCCGAGAAGGACCCAAAGCUUGGGGAUGGUGAUAUUAAGGAGGGUACCUACGCCGGAACUCAGGCUGCCUUGACACAUGCGUACAGCCGUAUUGAACGAAGUUUUGAAUCCUACUUUGAUGUUUUACAAAUCGAGCCCACCUUGCCUAGGCAAAUGGAUUUGGCGACCAAGAAAGCCAUUUAUCAAUGGAGUGCUUACCCAAAGAAUCCCGACGGAACUGAUGCCGACUACCCGCCGCAUCUGAAGACCAUCCCGGACAAGGACCAAGUGUCCGUCUUGAAGAUAUUCAAUGCUCUGGGACUUGCCGAGACGCAGCUUCUCAUCAAGCAAGUUGUUCCUGACACCCUUCUCGGGAAAACGGCAAGGUGGCUGUUGGAACUCGUGAAUGGAGAUGUUAGUGACGCUGCUGAUCAGGGCUCAAAGAUCAAAGCCUAUGAAGAAUACAACCGAAACCACCGCAGGUCUGGCACAGACAUUGCACUGGGUGCCAACAUCGGACUUCUGGACGACUGGUAUAGUGACCGCCGUUUCGCAGACCAAUCAUUGACUGGAACCAAUCCCACAACCAUCGAAAAGGCACCUGAAGAUCUCUUGGCCGAAUUCGUUGAAGCUGCUAAGCGAGGUGGCUACACGCAUUGGGCCGACACCAUUCCCAAGAUCAGUCGUGAUUCUCUCUUUGUGCAAGACUGUCGAUAUUUCAGGACCGCUCUCGGUGCUGAUCCUGACGAGGACCUGUAUCACAAGGAGCCCCUUUCUGAUAACAGCUGGGCAUGUGCUGCAGUCACUCUGUUCCAACUUCACGCCGACGGCAAACUUUUCCCCAUCGCCAUUGUAUGCGACUACAAGGGGACUAUGGAGAAGUCAGUCACCAUUUUCAACCAGCGCAAGCUCCCUAGUGACCCUACAGAUAAGGAAAGCACCGACUGGCCUUGGCGAUAUGCUAAGACAUGCGCUCAGGUAUCAGACUGGAUUCGCCAUGAAGUUGGAGUUCACCUUACAAAAGCCCAUAUGGUCGAGGAGGCUAUCAUUGUGGCAACCAACCGGUCAAUCCCGAUGAACCACAUCAUUUACAAGAUCCUGGAGCCUCAUUGGUACAAGACCUUGUCACUGAAUGCUGCCGCCAGGUCCACUCUUGUGCCUCAGGUCAUCAAGGAUUUAGUCGGCGUAAAGACUGACAUGCUCUACCGCUAUGGUCGAUAUGAGUAUGAGAACUUUGACUACGUCAAGGGCUAUAUCCCCAACGAUUUAAACAGCCGAGGCUUUCCGAACACGACCGAAGGCCUGGCUAACCCCAAGUUUAAGAACUACGCAUAUGGCAAGAACAUGCUCUCCAUGUGGCAAUGUAUCCGUGCCUAUGUGAAGGACAUGCUUCUCAUUCAUUACGACCUAGACACCGCUGACAAGGCAGUUCGAGAGGACGCCUAUAUACAAGAUUGGUGUAACGAAGUCCAAACAAAGGGUUGGAUUAAGACCUUUCCCACCAUUCAGACGUUCGACCAGUUGUGCGAUGCACUCACCAUGAGCAUUCACAUUGCCGCUCCUUUCCACAGCUCGGUCAACUACCUCCAAAAUUUCUACCAGGCGUUUGUUUUAGCUAAGCCCCCAUGCCUCUGCAGCCCCCUUCCCACGAGUCUCGAAAAGCUUCAAAAGUACACCGAGCAGACUCUUGUUGAUGCCCUUCCUAUUGGCAGAUCGAGACAGUGGCUGUUGGCAGUGCAAGUCCCCUGGCUCCUCAGCUUCAAAGUCGCGAGCGAUCGGAGCUUGAUCACAUUCGCGCAGUCUCAGUGGAGAGCACACACCGGCAGUGACGAUGAGGAUAAGAAAAUCAGAGACAACAGCGAGCGUUUUUUCAAGGGGCUGAAGACGCUCGAGGCCGAGUUCGUGCAGACGAGCAGGGGAAUGGAUGAUGGCAGUAUCCCUUACAUGGUCAUGGAUCCAUCAAACACAGCUGUCUCUAUUCUUAUCUAA